CUAGUGGCCAGAGCAAGGACCUCUGCAACUCGCGGCCCCUAGAUGACCUGUGGUCGCAGAGGUCAUGGGCACCUCCGAGACCGCGCAGCCGCCGUUCGCGCGCGUCGCCCCCGCGCUCUACAUCGGGAAUGCGCGAGCCGCGAGCGCGACGGAGCUGCUGGUGCGCGCGGGCAUCACUCUGUGCGUCAACGUCUCCCGCCAGCAGCCCGGGCCGCGCGCACCCGGAGUGGCCGAGCUGCGCGUCCCCGUGUUCGACGACCCAGCCGAGGACCUGCUGACACACCUGGAGCCCACCUGUGCCGCCAUGGAGGCCGCGGUGCGCAGCGGCGGCUCCUGCCUGGUGUACUGCAAGAACGGCCGCAGUCGCUCGGCCGCCCUCUGCACCGCCUACCUAAUGCGGCACCGCGGCCACAGCCUGGAACGCGCCUUCCAGAUGGUGAAGAGCGCCCGCCCGGUAGCCGAGCCCAACUUGGGUUUCUGGGCUCAGCUGCAGAAGUAUGAACAGACCCUUCAGGCCCAGGCCAUCCUGCCCCGGGAACCCACUGAUCCGGAGUAAACCGCACAGUUCAGCUGCUGGGUGACCAAGGGUCUACACCGAAAGGAGGUGUUGCCUCCCUCCUUUUUCUACUAGGCAGCUGGCCUCGGGUGUUGCCCUCGGGUGUUGUAUACCCUCUUGAUGGUAGUACAGGGGUGUCUACUGAAUAAGGGGGCGUUUUGUUUAUUCAUCAGGUUUGGGUCAAAUCCAAACCAGCACGUUUUAGGUAGAGGAAUUGCGUGAAGGAUAGAGUCUGGGAAGCCUAUGGACAGUUGAUAGGGAGUGACAGACCAGAGUCCUGGCUGCCUGUGCAAGGGAGUACCUGGGUUUGUAGGCAGAACGUCUCUGCCUCCUGAACUUCUUUCUGGUCCCUUAGACAUGAACCUAGAGUCUCCCAGCAGGAGUUAAUAGGCCCACCAUGUUUGGCCUACAGCUGCUAUGCCAUGGAAGGGAGGCGGUGCAGACGGCAGCUGAGCGACCGUGGUCCGCCGCCCGCCUCCUACCUGGUUGCUUAACCUGUAUCAACAUCAACGCCUGACCUAACGUUGUCAAGCCACCAUUAUGUCCCGUGCGUUCCCUUCCCCAGCUGGCGGGCAGGCCCAUCCAUUGUGUUGAUUGCUCUUGUAGUUCAGACACGGCCUCACUUAGACAUCUGUUUCCGUCAGAACCCUGCAAAUGUAGCCAUGAUCUAAAGAAGUAGUGGGUGACGAGCAAAGAACAACGUGUGUAAAUUACAGAGGUGUGUCCACUGGUUAAUCGGUGAAUAAAUAAGAAAGGGAAGAAAAAAAAAAAA